AUGAUAUCAUCAGGUGCAACUGUUGGUUCAACCUCUUCCUCGCAAGUUGUUGCACCAUCGGGUGAAAGCGAUCCAACAAAAUCUGUCUUGGAGGAGUGUGAGAGACAUUUUUCAGAGAAUGAUGCCAUUACAAAUCCUUAUAUAUUUGACUAUUUAAAACAAUAUAUUAAAAAUGGCGGAAAACCAUCUACUAUUGUUCAAAUGUUGAGCAGUAGCUACAAGGGUUAUCCCCAAAUGACAUCAUUAUUGUGUGAUUGGAUGUCUAUGGCAAAUAUUGAUAAUGAGACAAUUAACAAAAUACUUAUGGAUUACUUGAAGAACUUGAUCAUUGAAAAUUUCGAUUCAAAGAAGGCUGAUGCCAUUUUUACAGCUUCUCAAGAUCCACCAAAGUGGCUUGAAUAUAUGAUCAAUGAUGUAGAAUGGAGAAAUCUUAUUUAUCAAUUAUCUGAAAAACAUCCUAAUUGUCUCAUGUUAAACUUUGCCAUUCAAAGAAUUAGUGAAUCUGGUUAUCAUAACGAGAUUGCUUCAGUAACAACAGCAACAACAUCUUUAAAGGUAUUCCAUAGAAUUCUAACAGAUUCUAUCGAAAAAUUAAUCCGAGAGAGUGAAGAAUCUAUUAGUUCUAGCCCACAAUUUUCUGAUUUCAGAAAGAUUUGUUGUCACUCUCAAUAUACAUACAUCUAUGCUCAAUGCAUUAUUAGAUCACUAAUGACUAGUGUCCCAAGUUAUAGAAGUCAAUUAAGCUUACUCUCAGAUGAACUCGAACAAAAUGCACUUAAAGAUGGUAAAGCAUCUGAAUACCUUAUUAGAAAAAUUCGUUAUUUAUUCCUAGAAUACGAGCAUCGUUACAAAAUUGAACAAUCUGACUAUACUCAAACAGCAGCUAUUUCAGAUACAACCACUAUAAUACUUUCUAUGCUUAAUAGCAAUACCACAAAUCCAGCUGAUAUCCUUAAAUUGUACAAAUACUAUUCAAGUGCCAAUCCUCCUCCUGUAGAAAUGUUACAAAGUUGUGAAUUUUUGGACUUGUUGAUUCAGGAUUUGUUUAAUCCUUCAAAGAAAGUUAAUCAAGCUCACAGAUCAAAAUAUAUUUUCGUAUUGGCCUAUGCAUCAACUGCAACUAAUGAUGGAAAUAAUACUGUAAAUGUAAACCCAGUUGUGAAUGCUUUAGAAAAAGCUGUAGCAAUUUGCUCCAACAAUACACUUCCUAAGAGUGUUGCAGUAUUUAGACCAUAUUUGGCAUAUAAUAUUGUUUGUGUAGGAGUAUUGUAUUGGAUUGGUAUUGUUUUUACAGACUCACAAUUCUCCAUUACAAUGUUCACACUUAACAAUACUAAAUUAUACAUGGCUUUACUGAAAGAAAUUGCCUUUAGACACGAAUCACUUUCAUCACUGGUAUUAGCAAUUGUAAAGAAGUGCUUCUUUGCUAAUCAAGGUGAUUUAGAUCCACUUCAAGCUAUGGAAAUCAAGAAAGUUUUUCUUGAUGUUUUUAUUUAUUUAAUGCAACUAGGAUAUGUUUUACCAACUCUUGAAACAAUUCAAGGACUAGUAUUAGAGAAAAUGGAUAUGUCUUUGAUUAGACAUAUCAUUAACUCUAUUCUAGAUAUGAUUGAAAGCCCUUUCUCUCUAGAGUUUAUUACUAAAUUUGUAGAAAUACUAUGUACAGAUCAUGCCAGAGAUGCUAUCUCAUCUAAGAUUUCACCUAAUUUCACAGUCUUUUUAAAGCAUAUUGUUGAAGAAGGUUCUGAAUUAUACAAAUUAUCCAGUGAUACAAUAUCUUUCUUUAGAAAUAUUUAUUCUUCACAAAUUUCUGUAAAAUCUGAAGGUGAUAAAAAGAAGAGAUCUUCUGCUUAUGAAGCUGACGAAUAA